AAGGCUUGACUUUUCAGGCUCAAAGGCACAGCCUGAGAGACCUUGCCAUGAAGUUUACCAAGAAGGCUGUAGGUACUGGGAAAGCAAAUUUUCCCGUGCAGUAUGACCUGAGUGGGAGGGUGGAGGUCAUUGUGAAGGGUUCGAAGACACAAGUAAUUGGUGAUUGCGCAUUCUUCCUUUUGCGGACUUCGUGGACUAAGUUUCUUGUAUGCCUUGUCGCGGCGUACCUUAUUUUGAUUUCACUUUUUGCGCUCUUGUACCUGGCAGAAGCUGACGGCAUAUUGUGUCUAGUCAAGGAUGAGCCGUGCGACUUUUGGGACGCAUUGAACUUGUCUGUGCAUAGCAUGUCGACGAUUGGCUUUGGCUCCAUUGUCCCGCACAGUGCUCUUGCAAACACUGCAGUUGCCGUCGAGUUCUGGAUCGCAGUUCUUAUGGGGGCAGCAGCCGGUGGACUGCUCUUCUCCCGAGUCAGCACCGCCAGCAGCCGAGUUGCAUUCUCGAGCGUGGCCUUGGUGACCAACAUCCGUGGCUGCCCGACAGUCACCAUGCGCAUCGUCAAUGAACGACCGUUCAGCGCGUUGUUUGACGUGACCUGCCGCGUCAGUGCCUUGGUGAAGGACCCCAAGGCCGGGAUGCGGAUCCUGGUCCCAUGCGAGCUGGAGCGAAGCACGAAUAUGAUGUUCCGAGCGGUGUGGAACAUUUUGCACCGCUUGGACGAGAAGAGCCCACUGCAUGGCCUUGACGAGAGCAACUUCGAAGACAAGUUCCUUGCCUUUGUGGUGCAGAUUGAGGGUACCGAUCAGACCUACAUGCAGAAGGUCUUUGCCAACAAGUGCUACUACCCCACAGACUUUCGCUUCAACGAGUCCUUUGCCGACAUCAUGACGAUGGGCAUGAACACCAUCACGGUAGACUUGAACGGGCUCAGCACCACUCAAAAGGUUGCCGAACCCUCCAAGCGAUUGAGCUUUCUCAGGGCAAACACAUUUUCGCCAGAGGAGGCAAGCAAGAUGGCUACCUUCAGGGUGCAGGAAAAAGACGAGGAACUGGCGAAGGACAAGCAGGCGGAUGCAUCUACCAGAGCCAAUUCCCCCAGUGAGGAGGAAUGCCUGGACGAGGAUCGCCACAUCUUCUCCACAAUUUGAGUUUCCGUAGGUGGGUCGGGGAACGCUCCUCAACACUGCUGAGGGCCGUUUCACUUUGCUCAUGAUGACGACCUGGUGAACCAUGCGGCGACUACUAGAUUGGGCCAUGUUCAUUUAUUAAAGCGAUCAUGUAUUUGUGCGCCCGGAAGUUGGGCGAGAUGCUCACGCCUUCACUGGCCUCCUGGCUUUCUUCGAUAGCUUCCUCCGAAGGAGAGAUUGUUUUUUCUCACGAAAGCCGUGCCGUGGCCUGAUGCUGGCGCCGUAAAUCUGAUGGAUUGGUUUAGCGCGCGCUGGCCCAGGCUUCAACGCACGCACUUUUUUUUGUUGCAGCUAGUUUGGUAAUUAUUCGCUGCCCUGGCCGAAAGGCCGCAAGCGAAGCCACUUCAGGCGACUCCUAUGGGUUGCAGGUGUUGAGGCUUGGAUGCGGAGC